AUGAAGAGAGCUAGGUUGCAUCUCUUUGUGCAUGUCCAUGUAGCCAUGUCCUUUCUGUGUAUGUUGGAAUUUAGUGUUCCAAGAAACUAUGACCCUGCGCUGCAUCCAUUUGAAGUUCCACGAGAGUACACAAGAGCUCUGAAUGCAACAAAGCUAGAACGUGUGUUUGCAAAACCCUUUCUUAGCUCGCUUGAUGGCCACAGAGAUGGAGUUAAUUGCAUGGCCAAACAUCCAAAGAGUUUGUCUACAGUGCUGUCUGGAGCUUGUGAUGGAGAGGUUAAAAUUUGGAACUUGACCAAACGACAGUGUGUUCGUACUAUACAAGCCCAUGAAGGCUUUGUUCGAGGCAUGUGUGCUCGUUUCUGUGGUACAUCAUUCUUUACUGUUGGCGAUGACAAAACUGUGAAACAGUGGAAAAUGGAGAGCCCAGAAUAUGGAGAAGAAGAAGAACCUAUUCAUACAAUUCUUGGCAAGACAGUGUAUACAGGAAUUGAUCACCACUGGAAGGAAGCUGUUUUUGCCACCUGUGGCCAUCAAGUGGACAUUUGGGAUGAGCAAAGGACAAGUCCCAUGUGUUCUCUGACCUGGGGUUUUGACAGCAUAAGCAGCGUAAAAUUUAAUCCCAUUGAGACAUACCUUUUGGGAAGCUGUGCUUCUGACAGAAAUAUUGUGCUAUAUGAUAUGAGAAAAUCAACUCCAUUAAAGAAGGUUAUCUUGAACAUGAGGACAAAUACACUGUGUUGGAACCCCAUGGAAGCUUUUGUUUUUACUGCAGCAAAUGAAGAUUACAACUUAUAUUCUUUUGAUAUGCGCUUUCUUGAAUCACCUAUGAUGGUGCAUAUGGAUCAUGUGUCUGCUGUUCUUGAUGUGGAUUAUUCACCCACUGGGAAAGAAUUUGUCUCUGCCAGCUUUGAUAAGUCUAUCCGUAUUUUUCCUGUAGACAAAGGUCACAGCAGGGAGGUAUAUCAUACAAAACGAAUGCAGCACGUCAUCACUGUAAAAUGGACUUCAGAUAACAAAUAUAUUCUGUGUGGCUCAGAUGAGAUGAACAUUCGUUUGUGGAAAGCUAAUGCUUCUGAAAAACUAGGAGUGCUUGCACCACGAGAGAAGGCAGCUAUGAAUUACAAUCAAAAGCUGAAGGAGAAGUUCCAGUAUCACCCAAAGAUCAGACGCAUAGCGCAACACCGUCACUUGCCUAAAAGUAUAUUUUGCCAAAUCAAGGAGCAACGUAUCAUGAGAGAAGCUCGUCGGCGAAAGGAACUGAAUCGUCGUAAGCACAGCAAACCAGGAUCUAUGCCAUUUGUGUCAGAGAGGAAGAAGCAUAUUGUGGCAGUGGUGAAGUAAUGGUUUUCACAUGUACAGAAUGUCACAAUGAAAGAAAAUGUCACUAUUGCAUGAAUCCACUGUACAAAAUUUGAUGGACAUUGGUAAGACAGUGUAUGGCUCCAGAAGUGUGGCUUUUCUUCCAAGUACACACAUGCUUUGAUUUUUCAAGUCAUCAUCUGCUUUGGGUAGUCUUAAGAAUUGGUCCUGUAAUCUUUUAUUGCCAUUUGCCUGUCUGAUGUUACUGGCCCAAUGCUGUGUAUUGCAGUGGAGUUUCACCUUUUUGAUAUAAGCAGAUAACUUGGUUGUUGGUAGAGGGUAUCUGUAGUUCCAAUCCUAUUCCUUGGUUCCAUUACUACAAAAGAAGGAUGAAAUACAUUCAGAUUUGUCAGGGGAAAAAAAACCUUUGUUCCAUACAGAUCUAUAAAACUGUUUUCUGGUGGCUUUUUUAAACAUAUCUAAUAAAGUAAGCAAGUGUCCUUAAGGCAAUGGACUAGAUCUUGAUUAUUCCAACCGACAAAUAUACUACAUUACAUUUAUUACAGAACAAUAUAUUAUUUCUAUUUUAUUGAAAAGGAAUUCAACAAGAUUUUUGGAUAUUAAAAAAAUAAAAGCUUCAUAUUUCACAAGGUACCUGUAGCCCAAAGAUCUUUUACUGUUCGUCUGGGAAAUGUUCUGCUUCUCUUCCAAUGAGAUAGACUUAGCUUUUUACUGAAGAUACAAAGGUGAUCAGAAGACUACUGGAAUUCAACUAGGCCUUCUAGGCUGAAGGCUUAUCUUGCAAAAAUAUGAUGUAUGUAAUAAUCUUAAGUGUUGCUUAACAUCUUCUGUACCAAAGGAUUUUUUUAAGCCUUUGCACUACUAUUCAGUCUGUAACUACACUCCUCCCCCCCGCCCCAAGAUUAUGCACAAAAAUAGUUUAUGAACUCAAUUAGAAGUUUAUUAUCUUUUUUUUUUUUUUAAUCUGGAAAUUGAACACUUUGAGCACUUGCCUUUCAUAUAGCAUCCUGUUUAGUGUAUCUACUGUCGCUAACAUGCAUAUGCAUUUCCAGUUCUUAGUCUUUUGCUUGGCUCUUCCAGUGCUGUUUGGGCAAGAUUCCUGGAUCAUCAUGGCAAAAUUAUGUCUGUUCGGUGAUAAGAGGCCAUAAUGUAUCUUUUACUCUCUGGAUCACUUACCUUAUGGGAUGAUGCAGGAAGAGAAGCAGAUCGGAAGAGCUAUAAGUAGGAUGAUAAGGAGUGGAACAGAUCAGGGAAUAGACUGAUGCUGGCUGUGUGCCUGUUGUACUAAUACAGUGCAGUCUGUGCCAAAUACAGUUUAUUUCCUUCCUGAAACACUGAGAAAAUUGAGGGAGAAUGUGUGGUCCAAAGUAUGGCUUGUGACACAGCUGUAGUCAAGUCUUGCACAAUUUACAAAACCAGACUAAUCUGGAAUGUGAUUAAAAAUUUUCAGCCUUGUCAGUUUAGCUUGAGUUGAUGUAGUUGGUUGUUGAUUUGUUGAGCCAUGAUAACCUCUGGUGUGAACAAGCCCUGCUGCGUGGAAUUUAUUAGCUUUGGUGCAGAACUCUGAAUGUAACUAGAGAGCUUUCAGUUCUGAAGUUAGGUUGGUUAGUGUGAUAUUUGUGUGGAGCUCUACUGCAUGAGCCAUGUCCAAAAGAUCUCUUUAUGUUCAAAGACCUCUGUGCACUGUUACUUUCAGACAGGUCUUAGAGUGGAGCAAAUCAAAGGACCGGGGCUGGCUAAAAAUGUUGCUAGAGAGAUUGUAACAGCUUGCUGAAAAAGAAUUUUAAAAUUAGGAGGGUACCCAGAGACUCUGUAUUUGUAUAUUAACCCCUGUUCCAAAUUCAUUGGGUGUAGUCUUGUAUAGAACUUAGUCUUGUCAUCAAGUGGGGCACUGUCUUAGCAUUCCAGGAAAAAGUCUUGUUUUCCAAAAUCAAGUCGACUUCUAGAAACAUGUUAGUUGUAAAACCAGUGUAGGUGUGGGCUGGGGCUUUCUGGUUAGAAGUCAGUCGUUUGGAAUUUUCAGCUGGUGUUUGCAGUCUGUCUAUUCAGGAUCCCUGGCCAUGGAUUUGUAUGCUGUUGGACUAGCUGCUGUUGAUUUGUCCCUUUUGGAAACCCUUAUGGUUGGUCUCCAACCCUUUUUGUGGGUAAUGUAAAUAUAGUAGUUGCCAAGUGUUGGUAACUCUGCUUGCAAAGAGUGCUCAUACAAGUCUGUCCAUGCCAUCACGAAAUGGUUUAGAAAUUACACUAAAGGAGGUGGAGCUCUUAAUUUUUUUUAUUUGGUGUUUUGCUUUUUUUAUUUUUUUCCCUCAAUGAUUUGAGAGGUGUAAUUAGACCACAUCUUAAUCACCUUAAAAUCAUGAUAUGCAAAAAGAAUAUGGAUGUGUGCCAUCUCCAUGUAUGUGUAUCAGAGUGUAUGUAAAAUGAAACCCUUAGCAUCACUGCUAAGAUACUGAAAAUAUAAGGAAACUGUUAAUGAUUGCCUUCAAAAUUUUGGUGUGGUCGACUGAGGAAGGAAA